AUGGAGCCAGCCCUAAACAUUUUGGUUUUAAUGGAGGAGACUAUACGCAUUUGCGAUGGCGAGAGCGCCAGUGAUCUCCGCCAGAGCCUCCAGCGGCUCAAUGCGUGCCUCUUUCCGGUCAAGUACAAGGACACUUACUACCGGGAUGCCGUGCUCGCGGGGAGCUACACAAAGCUAGCUUUUUACAAGGACGCUUGCGUUGGCAACAUUGCCUGUAGGCUUGAAGAAACAGGCCCUUAUAUCAGGGUCUACAUUAUGACGCUGGGAGUUCUUCCAUCUUAUCGAAGAAUGGGAAUAGGCUCAAAGCUCCUCCAAAGUGUGCUGGGCUUGUGCCAACAAGACCCGCGCGUUGUCGAUGUUUACUUGCACGUACAAACGAACAACGACGAAGCCAUGGAGUUUUACAAAAACUUCGACUUCCAGAUUGUGGACACUAUCUUCAACUAUUAUAUCCGACUUGAUCCACCUGAUUGCUACGUUCUCUCGCGACGCUUGAGAUGACUCCAUUUACUAUUCUUUCUUCCUUUGAAAGUAAAUCAACACCGAUACUGUAGGUGGCCGUCACUGGCAACUUUUGUUCUAACAGUGCUCGCAUUUUUUUCAGACAAUGAAAUGUAACUCUACGCCACUACGUGGACUUUUUCACUUGAAUACAAAAGCUAUUUCCUUGCGAA